UCUAGGUCCGGGCAGCCGAAGAGUGUGGUAGGUAACGGUCGUCAGCGCAAGGGUCAUUUCGUCGCUGGGAAGGGACGGCCCUCGCCCGCGGUGAUGGUGGUUAGCAAGAUGAACAAAGAUGCGCAGAUGAGAGCAGCGAUUAACCAAAAGUUGAUAGAAACCGGAGAAAGAGGACGCCUCAAAGAGUUGCUGAGAGCUAAAUUAAUUAAAUGUGGCUGGAAGGACCAGUUGAAGGCACACUGUAAAGAGGUAAUUAAAGAAAAAGGACUAGAACACGUUACUGUUGAUGACUUGGUGGCUGAAAUCACACCAAAAGGCAGAGUCCUGGUACCUGACAGUGUAAAGAAGGAGCUCCUACAAAGAAUAAGAACAUUCCUUGCUCAGCAUGCCAGCCUUUAAGAUUGAAUUAGAUUGUGUUGUUUUGUGGUUUUAUUUCUGAAAGUAAAAACUUGCCAUAAAUUAGGAAUCGAUUUCCCAAAAUAAAAUUCUUUUUUGUAUGAUGGUAAAAAAAAAAAAAAA